CCAUGAGGCUACUUAACUUUGGGUGUCUGAGGAGUCUGCAACACUUACUGUAGGUUCUCAUCUGGAAAAUGUUUUAUGUUCUAUAUUCAGUUGUAGGAUGAUGGGGAUGAUGAUAAUUAUUAUUAUUUAUAUCCCGCCAUAACCAGGCUAAGGGCGGCUAACAUCAAAAUAUAAAUACAUUAAAACAUAAAAUUCAGCAAUUGACUGAAAUACAGCUUAAAAUCGGAUUAAAAUCAAAUAAGAUCAGAAGGCAACCGGCAAAUUAUGACUAUAGGGGUUGGGAACCUUAGGUACACACCAGGCUCAGCUAUUUAUAUGAACCGGUGAGAGGAAUUAGAGAGACCUAUUAUAUGUAGGGUCUUGUAGGAGGAGAGGGGUCAGACUGGGCCCUGACAAAAGGCCUGGCGGAACAGCUCUGUCUUACAGGCCCUGUGGAGAGAUGUCAAGUCUUUCGCGGCAGGGUGUUCCACCAGGCUGGGGCCAGGGCCGAAAAGGCCCUGGCUCUGGUUCGAGGCCAGCCUAACCUCCUUGAGGCCCGGGUCCUCCCAAGAUGUUAUUGUUUGCAGACUCUAGGGUCCUCCGUAGGGCAUACCAGGUACUCCUGUUGGAAAUCUAGUGAAUCUAGUUACAACCACUUGUGCAAUCCCUUAUCCAGACUUUCUCCAACCCAGUCUUAAUGGUAACCAAGCACUGCCCAGUGGUCUUCCAUGCACCUUAUGCAAUGGACAGCAUGCAACGUAUAGUCCGCAGCAUGCUUAUGCUACCCUUAUAUUGAUUGCUUUUGCUACGACAGACUUCCGCAGCUGCUCUGUUCAGGAGGUGUAGGAUGGGGCAGUGCAUUCUGAGGCCUGCUGCUGCCUUUGUCUGUGGCCUUGGAUGAAUCACCUGGGUUACGUUUAUCCCUCCCUGCGUCAGGCUUGUUCGUUUUUUUCCAGAAGGCCUUGGAGUCUGCCAGAGCAUUCUGGGAAAGAUGAACAUCUUGUAAACAGGCAGCCUGUGGCCUUGGAGCUGCGUGCAGCCCUCUCUGCCUAAUUUCUACCCAGGUGCUUGGCAGGCAGGUAGAAAGAGAGGCCUGCUCCUCCUGCUUUUUGGGUUCUGUCCUGUCCAUCUGACAGGAUCUCUUGCAAAGGAGUAGCGGCACUUGACAGGCAAUGAUACCUUCCCUGCCUGCUGGUAUAAAAGCGCGAGUUACCUCAGGCCUCCUUGUCGCGACUGGAACUCCUCUGCUUCCCUGUUGCCUCUUCUCUGUCCCCUGGUUAGUGAUCUGUUAAAGCCAGGACAGAUACCAGGAACGUCUCCUUCCUGGCCCUACCUCACUGGGGUGGUAGGCAGGUCACGCUGACCCAGAUUUCAGCAUAGCAUACCUGCCGAUGCCUCUCAGGAAGUCUCCUCCUCUGCCUGCGUUAAUCAUAAAUCCACCCCAAUCUCCUUGGUAACCCAAGCGGGGGCUUGCCUUGUGUUUCUCACUCUGUGGGACAUCCUUCGGGGUGAAGGUCGCUUGCUUGAUGGCUCCCUGCUUGGGGGGGGGGAGCCAUCUCCCUGCUACAGGGAGGGGGUGAUGAACCUGCCACUCGCACGGUGAGUUCCUGGGAUCUGACAAGGGAGGAGAGACAGACAGACACACAAAGAGAGGGAAAGGGAGCGGAUGCUUCUUCUUGUAAGUCUCUGCUUUCUUAAUACCUUUCCUCCACUGCUGAAUUCCCUUAGAAAUAAACAGCUUGCCACAUAAACCAUGCCCUCCUCCCCUCUCACUUGUAACUUGACCCUCCUUGUGGGCCUAGAGUUAUUUUUAACCUCCCAUUGACCCGCAUAACUUUUUUAUUAUUGUUGUUCAUUAAACUAUGCCAGUCUGGAGAUAGGAGGCCUUGAAUUGGCUCACGGUUUCUGCAUCCCCUGGAUUAAGCGCUGCGAGUCCUCCCACUUGCUUCCUGUCCUUCAGUUCAGGUAGCACUUUGUCCAACCUCCUCCUCCUCUAUUUUUCUCCUAACCUGCAUCUAGAUCCACUGGCAGUGGGAGAGCUCUGCUGGGCAAGGUAAGUGUUCCUCUGGCAUUCCCUCUCCACAGUCGGGAGCUUGGCUUGCUGGGAGGUGGAACACGUCCUGGAAACUUUUAAUUACAGCCAGUCUAAUCCUGUAACACUGAAUCUUGCUGUCUCAAUGCAUCCUUCUUUUAAAACAGAGCCAUAAAGGUGGGAGGGAAGUUUUUGUGGGAAACUUGAGACAGGAGGGAAGAAUGCCUUUUUGACUGACAGAAGUUGGGACCAGAAGGUGAGGGAGAGUAAGUUGUCUUCAGAGAAAGAUUGCAGAUCGAGUCUAUAGAACUGAGAAGCAAGUGUUGGGCAAAAUCCUUCUUGCUAGAGACAGAUCAUCACAGUGGAUAAUACUGAGCAAAGUGGACCGAUGAUCUGGAUUAGGCUCACACAUCUUCCCAUUUUCAAGGAGUAGAAGCUAUUAGAUAGUAAACAAUUUGGAAGCAGGGUAAGCUCUGGGGUCCCCAGGGUGUCACUCAUGAUCAUCAUAGUGCCCUCCUCUUGGUGCCAGCCAAGAUCCUCUGACCCCAUUUUUUUUUUAAAGAAAUUGAGGCUUUUUGUGAUGAAGAGAGUGGGGGUUUUUUGCGGGGGAGACAUUGCCUGCUUUUUGUGUCACUUUUAUUUCUUUUGAGUGGGUAGGUGUUUAGUCUGGUUUCUGGGGAUGAGGGAGGGGUGUCUGAGCAUCACCCAUUUUUCUUCAGUGAAAUGGGUAUUCUUAGAUUUCUGACUGUUUGCUCAGAUUGAAAAGGUUGGAGACCUGGCUAUAUGCUAUACCCUUUCACUUUGUGGGGUUAAUCGGAAGGGUGGCCACCACCUUCCCCUCUGCUUACAAUUGCAGAAGCACCCACUGCACCAAAAUGAAAUCCUUCCACCACCCCAUCCUGCUAUGAUUGCGCAUAUGACAGGAUAGUUGAAGGAAUGUAUAAUCUGUAUUAAGGGACACUGAGUAUGGUCUGUAUGCUUGUUUCUGUAGCAGAUAGAUCAGGAAUGGAGAGAGGAAAUGUUGAAGUUCUGUCCCAAAAUCCGAACCACAAAUUGACUGGUAUGAGGUCUUGAGGGCUGGAAAGUGUUUCCAAGUAGCUCAGAGGUCGUGCGACGGCAUUCCCUUCAACUCCUGUGCUUUCUUGCCCUGGCUUUGCUUUCUUUCCUAGGGUGGAACAAGAGGGAAAUCACAGGUUUUCUUUGGGUUCUGAACACCAUGCAUAGAAACUGCCUGCAUAUCGAUCACCUAUGGAGACAGUACCUCCUCCUGCUGCUUGUCGUCUGGGGGUGCUCUGGGACAGGUAAAGUCUAACAGAGUGGCUAUUGUAAACAUUUAAAUGGGCUGCACAAUAAUUAUCCACACCAAAGGUGUAAAACGUUUUGCUAAAACAAAACAAAACAAAAACAUUAUUAUAGGGGAGCUGUCCAGGAUACAUUGCUGUAUGUAUCCUGAAGUGUACAUGUAAAAAAGAAAUUAGCAGUCUUAAAAUACAUUUUUCUUUGAAACCUUGAAUGUAGAGCAGGUCUUUCAACUUUGCUAAAUAGACAUGUGUGCGCUCACACAGAGCCAUUUGGACUUGUCAAAUUUUCUUCCCUUGCAGCAGAAUAGGUAGAUGAAGUUGUCAGAGUAUAAAUGUAUUCAAUGGGGUUUUAUACUAGGGGUUUGAGGGACGUGGGUGGUGCUGUGGUCUAAACCACUGAGCCUCUUGAGCUUGCCGAUCGCAAGAUUGGCCGUUCAAAUUCACACAAUGGGGUGAGCUCCCAUUGCUCUGUUCCGGCUCCUGUCAACCUAGCAGUUCGAAAGCAUGCCAGUGCAAGUAGAUAAAUGGGUACUGGUGCGGCGGGAAGGUAAACGGCAUUUCCAUGUGCUCUGGUUUCUGUCACAGUGUUCCAUUGUGCCAGAAACAGUUUAGUCAUGCUGGUCACAUGACAUGGAAAAGCUGUCUGCGGACAAACGCCAGCUCCCUCAGCCUGAAAGCAGAGAUGAGCGCUGCACCCCAAAGUCAAAUUCGACUGGAUUUAACCAUUCAUGGGUCCUUUACCUUUACCUUACUAGGGGUUUCCCAAUUCUGCAUGAUGCUUCUGAUGCCCUUUGUCCUGCUUCUCUUUAUUGGAUGUACCUUCAGUGAGCAGCUUGGAUUUACAGAGUGUCCUUCAUUCUGUACCUGCUUAUUUUUCACAGGAUGCAAUUUCAAGUACACACAGCUAAGGGCACUUUUAAUCUCCAGCUCGGCACUCAGUAUUUGUUUUUGACAUUGAUUACCAUAGGGCAGGUAGAUGCUGCCUGUGGGUUGUUUAUAGCACAGAGGCUGUUAAGCUAUCUGCUGAAUUCAUAGCCAGCCGACCAUGGUUGCUUCCUAUAAAGAGAAGAGCCCAGGCUUCCAAAGUUGACCAGGAGUCAUAGUUUCUGUUCUGAAUGGUGAGGGGAAGGCACUCUGCACUUGCUGUAAGGUACUUCUGCUGUUUCUUCACAUUCCCAAAUUGGGGGGGAAACAUCCACGUUGAACACUCCUGCAACUGUACUUUGGUAUCUGGUACAGCUCCCUGUGGGACGUGGGUGGCGCUGUGGGUUAAACCACAGAGCCUAGGACUUGCCGAUCUGAAGGUUGGCAGUUCAAAUCCCUGCAACGGGGUGGCUCCCGUUGCUUGGUUCCUGCUCCUGCCAACCUAGCAGUUCGAAAGCACGUCAAAGUGCAAGUAGAUAAAUAGGUACUGCUCUGGCGGGAAGGUAAACUGCGUUUCCAUGCGCUGCUCUGGUUCGCCAGAAGCGGCUUAGUCAUGCUGGCCACAUGACCAGGAAGCUGUACGCCGGCUCCCUCGGCCAAUAAAGCGAGAUGAGCGCCGCAACCCCAGAGUCGGCUAUGACUGGACCUAAUGGUCAGGGGUCCCUUUACCUUUACCUUUACAGCUCUCUGUUCCUUUCUCAUGGUGCCAGAGCAUAUUCUUUCACAUGGAAUGUUAAGGCAGGUUGAGUUGGUAGAAUCCUCAUGUGCUAAAUGGAAUUGUACCAUUUCAGGCUGCAGAUGGUGUGUGUGUGUGUCUUUUUUAAACCCCUCCCCCCUAAAGCUGUCUGUGUGUAAAAUUCUAGUACACUGAGGAGAAAGAAUUAGCUCCCUGGGGCAACUUAAUAACUCUGCCCAGAAGCAUAGGCAGAAACGAGAGAGCUCAGGCCAGGCAGCUCCUGAGGUCGCCCUGAGAAUAUUUGGUAGCUUUUGUUCCUUCCAGUAUUUUAAAUUGAAAAUUGCCUUGGUAGAAAGGCAACAAACCAGCCCAGCCGGCUCCCUACUGUGUUAGCUUUCCUAUUACAAGGAACUUUUUACAUUGUAGUCUCAGAAUAGUAUAUAGUCUGGUCUGCCACCACAUUCUCACCCAGUCUUAUUGUUGUGUAUGUAAUGUGUAGCCCCCGUGCAGGGCUAGCAGCUUCCCUGUAAUUAUUUAAUUCGUAAAAUGAAUGGUCAGUGGUUAGAGCACCUGCUUUGCAUGAAGUAGGUCCCAGCUUCAUUUCCCAGCAUCUUCAGGUAGGACUGAGGUUGUCCCUAGAGAGCUGCAGCCAGUCAGUGCAAAAGACAAUGCUCUCAUCUUCAUAAUGAAAACAGACUUUAAAUAAUAAUUCUCUUUAAUAGGGUUGAGUGCCAAACAUGACCACUGAAAAACAAGAGGAGUGCGAUCAACAUGCCCAGGAGAAACGGGGGGGGGGGGGAAUGGAACUAAAAGGGAGGAACCCCUCCCCAAAAAAACCCCCACUUUCCCACCCAGCAAAGGCUCUACAUGCUGAGUAUCCUUUGGAAAAGGAAUUUAAAGGGAAGGAGGAGACUGAGCCCCUUACAGUUUAUAGUAUCUUGGUGGAGGGAAAGGAUAGCUGGCUGAAAAAGAAACACUUUUUUCCCUUGUACAACUUGUACAAUCUAAAAAUAAGCCAGUAAGCCAUUGUUAGGAGCAAUUCACAGUGACCCUCCCCCCUCAGUGUGGGGACCAUGAAAUGCACACCAAUCCAUUUCUGUCCCAUCAUACCAGUUCCCCCAGAGUUUCCUUGUUUUAUUUUUUCCCUCCAUCAUCCUCAGUCAUUGGCCAGAUAUUCCAUAUUUUUUGUUUCUCAGACACAGAAUGAAUUAUGCAAAAAAAAGAAAAGAAAAAAAGUUAAGCUGGUGUAUCAUUUUGAGCUCAGGCACCUGAGCACUUUGUGUUUUGGGAGAAAGGGGAUGCCAAAUGUACAGAGUUUUGGAAACUACUUUUCUGAAACCCCGUUUCUUCCAGCAUUGCUCUUCUCCUCCCCUGCAGCCGCCUGGCACCAUCUUGCUUGCCUCCCCAUGUCUGCCUCUACCCCACAUCCCGUCCUCGGCUUCUGGGAAUCACUGCGAAAAGGCACCGGAUGCACCAGCCGGGGCCGCUCUACCCUGGGGCAAGAAGUCCAUGUCAUCAGCCUGAAGAAGGGAUUGCCGGCAAAUGGCCAGGUAUGGGAGAUCCCCAUCCAUACCACCUUCCCAUGUAUGAGGCUGUAUGAUGGGUCUUGCUACAGCUCCAUUGGAUACCCAAACAAGAUGGCCGUUCAGCUUGGCACUACAGUUCAAGGUGUCUCAGUCAGUCAAAAAGGCAAAACUCCAUUUCAGUCACUUCUUCACAGUUGUCAGGGCCUCUCUUAAGUCACAGAAGCGUUAGGUUAGCCAAGUUGUGAGAAGCAAAGAGGAACACUCUUGCGCAGGGCCAGCUUAGUGCUGGGGGUGGGAACAUGCCUCACCUGCUGAACAUCCAAGGGGUAAGUUGCUAGGCCGCCUUUGGUGGUAUAUCCUACCUUCUCUGGUUCUUUUCCAAUCCCUUCUCCAUUUCGCUCUUUGAUCAUGCAUGGAGAAGGUACCUGUCCCCUUGAUCCUCUUUCAGGUAACUCUGAUAACUCUGGACCCAGAUCCCCACGACAGAGGCCCCAUCUUUGUGCUGUAUUCCCGGAAGCCUGUGCGUUGGGUGUUGCUGUCUCCCCCUGGAAAAAACUGGACCUUCCAGGUGAGAUGGGAUAGAGGGCCAAAGGGCCUAGAGAACAUCAUGGGGAUCACUGAGGGGGUCGUUGGAGUCCCUGCUCUAUGCAAGCAUAGAAGAUGAGUGGCAGCUAUGGGAAGGGUGGAUGGAAAAGCUAAUUUGCUACCUCCACAGCACUUUUACAAAAUACUUUCAGAUCUAGCUCUGUUUGUCUUCAGAAGCAUCUUGUGUAGUAAGUUCCUAUUCUUCCCAUUUUACAGAUGGGGGAAAUUGAGGCUGAGGGAGGCUUGCCUAAGGCCACCCAGUGAGUCUGUGGCUGAGGUGGAAUUUGAACCCAGAUCUCCCAGAUUAAAGUGCAGAACUGUUCAACUUUAAUGCACUCCCCAGCGUGGGGUGUCAGAGAGGGGGGAGGUUCUCCAGGCUAGUAUAUUUUACCUUUGCCUUCCUCCUAUCUACAGGUCUCCCCUGGCUCUAAUGUUUCAGCCCCGGGGCCAGUGGCUUCUGCUGAGACCAACUUACCAAAGACGCCCAAACGCCUGCUGAAGUGGGCACGGAGGGAGCAUGGAGGGGUCACCUCUCUGGCUGAAUACCGUGGAGUCAACAGAAUCUACACACACCUGGGGGCUGGCAUGGGCAAUGAGGGUAGAUAUCGGCUCUGAGGGAAAGGGUGGCAUUAUGGCUGUGUUCCUACAAUUCCCGAUCCCUGACCACUGGCCACCCUGGCUGGGGCUGAUUGGAGUUGCAGUCCAGCAACAUAUGGAGAGACACAGGUUCCCCAUUUUCGCUACUGCAGGAGGAAGGCAGCCAGCUGGUCUUUUGGGUCCUGGGCUAAUGCAGUAACUUUGCAGAAGUUGUGCAGGUCUGGGUCUGGUCAGUGCUUAUAGGGAGACCAUCCAGGAAGGAAAGAUCUGUGCACUGCAAUCAUAGAGGGAAGAUGUAAUAUAUACACGGCACAGAUAAAUAAGACUCACCAGUAUCAACUGGAGAGCAGUUGCCAAAGAGUUUGCAUUGCUUGCAAAAAAAAAAGAGUAAAUUGCAGCAGCUCUUCUGUGACCAUUCAGUCCAGAUGCUUCAUUCCUUUCCUUCUCCAGAUCGGAUUGCCCCAGCCGCUUGCAGAUUAAGUAGGAAUUUCCUGACCCCAGUGCACUUUGCCUCCAAGUGCCAACUCCAGCCUCUGAGAGUUUGCCUGCAUCCUGACCCUCCGCAAGUCCUUGAAGUUCACAUCAUCCUCUCCAAAGGAGUUGCACCAAGGUGCGUGCCAGGGAGGCAUCGCCGGAGCUUCAGCAUGCGGCUGUUGAACCGGGGGGGGGGGAGGCGGGGGGUUGGCAAAAUGUUCAUAACGAGAUGCCGUGUCUUGAACAGGGAGGUUGAAAUUGUUCUUAGUGUAGAUGGGGAAGGGGGAUGGUGAGGAAGAAUGAAACCUAUGCAAGAAGCUGCCUAUGAUAAGUGACCCUUGUGUUAAAAUGGAUAAGAUAUAAUAAACAGGAACAUGGAAGCUGGUUCAUCUAGCCUGGUACUGCUGACACAGACUGGCAGCAGAUCUCCCAUGUCUUUCUCAGCUCUGUCUGGAGAUGAUGGGGAUCGAAUCUCUGACCUUCUGCAUGCAGAGCAGUUGCCCUGCCACUUAGCUACGGCUCUUCCCCCGAAAGUCAAGGCCAGAUGGACACUGAGCCAAAAACGAGUAGCGACAGUGGCUGGUAUUAGGCCUUGAAUAUUGGGCAGGCAUCUCUGAGUUGGGGGACGGGUGGCGUGGGGCUUCACUGGCUUCCAUCAUGUGCUUAAUCCUGUUGUGUGUGUGGGGGGGGGCAGCCUGCUCUCUUCUAGGCCCACCCUGGCUCAUUUGACUGUGGAACUUCAUGCUGUCCGAAGGCCCCCCCACUGGGGACUGAUCUUGAUACUGAAGAGUGAGGGAGCUGCUGAGUGGAUGGUUCACACCCACCGCCUCACUGGCCGGCUGCAUGUCCUGGUAGGGGCAGGACCUGCUCUGGGUAUAGAUCUGUAACGCUCUAGGCCAGCUAAUACACUUCUCUCUCUCCCCCUCCCCAAGUUGGUGGCAGUGGCACACAUCUGGAAGGGAGCAGGGCACACAUGUGCUCAAAGCCAGAUACAGUGGUACCUCGGGUUACAGACGCUUCAGGUUACAGACUCCGCUAACCCAGAAAUAGUACCUCAGGUUAAGAACUUUGCUUCAGGAUGAGAACAGAAAUCAUGCGAUGGCGGCGCGGCAGCAGCGGGAGGCCCCAUUAGCUAAAAUGGUACCUCAGGUUAAGAACAGUUGCAGGUUAAGAACGGACCUCCGGAACGAAUUAAGUUCUUAACCUGAGGUACCACUGUAUAGCCAAGUGUGUCAUCAACAUCAGUACAAAACUGGGUGGGAUUUAUUCCUUAAUUAACCUGAGGUACCACUGUAGAUGCAUUAUGCAGAAUUGCAACCUUUCCUAGUGGAAGCAGUUUGUUAAUUUUAGAUGCUUGGCUUCAUGCUAUUAUAAGGGUUAUAUUAUGGAGGGUUCAUUCUGCUGACUCCUGCCUUCACAGGCCCACUAGUGAGCUUUACCAACCCUCUUCCAUAAGCUUCCUCUGCAUUCUCCCUAUAACUCUAGGUUUGCCUCCUCCUCCUCCAGCCUUAUUUUUUUUUUGCUAAAGUGAGCCAAGGAGUCUUACUUCCUGGCUCCAACUCUCCACCCCACUAGGCUACUCCCUCUUGGGAGUCUGUCUCCAUGCUGCCAUUUGAUUCCCCUGGACUGUCUCUCGUUUAUGGUGUGCCUGCUGCUGCUGCUGCUCUCCAUGUCUGGGCCUUGUAUUGUAACUCAGGCUGGGAUUCCUUUCUAGGCUUCGCACAAAGUCACAGUCAGCAGCACAGAAAUGGAUCUGCCUCUGACUGUGACCCAGCGGACGUCCCCUCGGCUGAUGACCCUCGACCCUUUGCAGUUUGCAACGGAGCAGAAUCUGCCUGCCUUUACAUCCUACGUUGAGGCUGAGCGGGUGAACAGGUUUCUCCUUUUUGUUGGGAUGAACGGUAGGUUUGGAGGGAUUCAAUGGACAUGAAUGGGAAAAGUGCCCACCAGACAGCUUAGAGGCAAACCACUAGUGACCGCUGCAGUAGAUUCCUGGCAUUUAUAUUCCAGUUCCUCCUGCACCUUUUUACCCUAGGGUAUACAACCUCAGUUUUAUUUUAGGAAUGCACCAAAUCAAAACAUUUUCAGCAUGAAAAGUAUGCUUCCAAGGGGGCUUAAAUGGUACCCACCCACCCACCCAGCCAAAGCAUAUAUUUUGGUGCUUGUUAACAGUUAUUUUGCUGCUUCAGUGCCAUUUUCCCAAACCCUUUUGAGAGCUUAUUUCCUAGUCGUUAUGUGAUCCCAGCCAAUCAGGAUUCACGUAGGGAUGAUAAAUGGCAUCAAAUAGGCAAUCAGCUGUGGCUACAAUGGUAAAAUCAAGAAGGGCAAAUGAAACUGCAUUGCAUUCUGAAUGCUGAGCCCAUGGAAGAGAACAGGAAGGCGUGCCAUAUUAUGUCAGAAUGUGCAGACCUUUCACUUAGGUAACAGAAGGAAUAGAUACAGGGUUGCCAACAUUCUUGGGCCCAUGGGUAAGUCUGCAACAGAGAAAAUGUUGUGAGUACCCUCCCCUCCUCUCCUGCAAACUAUUCUAUGGGCUCCAAUAGAAUGCUUCUUCUGAGCCUAAUUUCAGUGCUGGGAGGGGAGGCUAGCUUGUAGACUGUAGAGAAGGCCUCUGUGAGCUGGGCACAUGUGUCCUUUGGGGCCACACUGGUGAUGCUUGGAAUAGAUCAUAUUCUGAUUAACAGCAGCAGCGUAUAAGGCAUAUGAUUGCAUCACACCCACACACCUGUAUUUCCUUUGUAGGGGCCACACCUCCUCUAGAAGAGCCAACACUCUUUUGGCCCAUAUUUCUGCAUCCUCCCAGUUUCACAGCCUCUCAACAGGACUUUGCAGAAGCCAACACAGCUGGCUGGGGGGUGACAAGGCAAGACUUUGGGGGAGAGGACGGUUCCGUUACCUACCCACCGUCUACAGCCAAAACAGAGGGGACAGACUCUAUCUUGUGUCUUGGGGACCAGAAACCUAUUCUUGAAAACCAGGACACUCAGAGAGUGAGUAGCCAAGGAUGACAUCUCCAGAUGGACAGAGGGAAUCUAUUUCCUACAGUGCCAUUUCAUGUGGAUGUGGAUGGGUGGGUAUUCUCUUGCCGUUGUACAUCAAUACCGCUCCACAGACCUGUUUUUCUCCUGCAGGUCUCCUGUGUUUCACCUUCUCCAACCCAGAUAUCUCCCUCAGAAGCUGCAACGGCCUUCCAGGAUCCCCACCUUCACCUUGGCAACGCCCUCCUUAACCUAGAGCUCUACAACACAGAGGCUUUUGCCAAGCAACUUGGACCUUUUGUCGUCUCAGCCAACAGCCUUGUCUUUGUGGAGGUAAAGCAGACGAUGAAUAUGCAAGAGCUGGCAUUGGACGCAGCAGUUACGUGCCAGAAUCUUGUCCCUAAGUGAUUCCUCCUCUGUCCAGAGAUCUGGUGGUUUGCAGCACUCCCUGUCUCUCUCAGAGCCUCAAACAGGGCAGUUGACCUGCUUGUUGCUUUAUGGGGGGUGAUAAACUUACACUGUAGCUCUCAAAGGGACGAAGUAACAGGGGUGAUUUGCCAUCACGUUUUACCAGCUUAGAAGGGCAACGUGCAUCCCAGGGAAGGUCAUGAUUUUGUAAGCAAAACAGCAAGGAAUAGACUUAGCAGAUUUCAUACUGCGGCCCAAUUCAAGGUCCAACUUUAUGGUUGGUUGGCAAUGAAAAAAUAGGUAUAAAAAGACAAUUCCUGGAUGCCAAGAGCCAAGUUUGGGGCAAGUAUUCUUUGGUGAGAGAACCCCAGCAGAAAUUUAAAACAACAAACAUCUAGCAAAGUAAAGCAUGGAAAUAUAGGUUGUUAUUCUUAGAAUAUGACUUUCUAAGUUCCUUCCAAAAUUCCCCUCUUCUCCUGGCAUAGAAAAUACCAUGUGUGUGGCAAGUUCAAAAUGGUUUACUUACAGACUCUCCAAUGAUCAGAUUCAUGUGCUUUUCAGUGCAGCAUUCAGAAAACGUUGGCAGCAAAACUGGCACUUGUGUUUGCAGACUAGACGGCGUUUCCUUUUUCCUCCAGGCUUCCUUGGCAACCUAUGACUCAUCUCUCAGCUUCACCAUCCAGAAGUGCUUCAUCUCUAGCUCCUCAGAUGCUUCAGAGGCCUCCGUGUAUCUGCUGGUCCAGCAUGGCUGUCCUGUGGCCGCCGCCCAAGUCAGGCUGUGGAAACCCGAGCUGCCAGGCCAGGCCCAGGCAUUGCCUCUGGGGUACCAGGAACGCCAGCGACUGAGCUUUGUGUUGAAACCACGGUCCAAUGCCUCCAUCCACUUCUUGCACUGCCGUCUGACGCUCUGCAGCAGGGGGUCUCAGGACUCCGCCAGACCCAAGGGCGCAAUCCCCAAGGUCUCUGGCUCCCUGGGCUAGGGAACCCUGUCUUCUAGCAGCUGUCUGAGGGCCUGAUAGCGCUACUGCUUCAGAAUAGGCUCUCCUGAUUGGGGAUGCUUAGGGAGGAAACUGAUAUGCCACAGCAAGCUCUCCACUUGGCCCAGAUGCAGCCAAAAUGGUGCCCUCUGCUCGAUGAUGACACUGGCUUCCCAAUUCCCAGCACCUCAGCUAGCAUGGCCAUUGGCCAGGGGUGAUGAAAAUUGUAGUCAAUUGGUAUCUAGGGGGGCACCAUGUUGGUUACCCCUUAGCUUAUUAUUAUAGCCUCCUCUGAACGGCAGUAUCUCUCAAGUGUUUCAAGCAGAGGUCUUUCCUUUGAUAUGUUUGACUGGGGGUUGAAUGGGGCCCCCUCUGUGUGCUUUGCCCCUCAGCUAUGACUGGCCCCUUCCAGAAAUCCUUGGACCAUCUCUGCUCUGAGGGUGGAAGGGGUGGUGCCUAAGAAAAGAUGGAAUAAAGAGGAAAGUGAAACCCCUUGGAGGGGUGAAAACCCUCUGGAAUGGGUCUGUGCAAAAGAGCCUCCCAGUUAGCUGUAGAAAUGAGCUGGCUGGGCUUAUGGAGAAGCGGGUGGGAUGUAACUGGGCCAAGGCCUACCUCCCACUGUUGGGAUGAGGCACUCUUCUGAGGCAGGUUUUUGUUUCAGUGUCAGUCUGAGAACGAGGCCUGCCAGGGAGAAGAGGAGGCGGUCCCAAGCCGCUUCCAGCGCACCAUCACAAAGCCUAUGUUAGUGACUGUGGAGACUCCACUCCGAGCUGCCUUUCCUGGCCCGAAACCAGGUACUUUCCUGUGGGUUCUAGAUAGCAGCCAGGAGAGAGCUGUUGGCUUGAAGGCCUUGCAGUUCAGCACCCUGGCUCCAUGCUGGAGAGAACUGCCCCGCAGAGUGAGUGAGGAACUGAAAGAAACUGAUGGGGGAGUCCUGCUUGCUGGGGAGAUGGAAGUGUCUCCUUGUGCAUCUCUCCAGAGCAGAGGUGGUGGACCUGUAGCCCUCUAGAUAUUCUUGGACUCCAGCUCCCAUCACCUCAAGCCACCAUGGCCAAUGGCAAGGGAUGAUGGGGCUUGUAGUUCACCAGCAUCUCCUACCCAGGAGAUUGAUGCCUUGGAUCUCAACAUGCUACAAGCCCAGACUUUGCCAAUGGCAUCUUACAUGUUCAUCCUGAGUGAAGCAAAGUAGCAAUGAUGGGCAGAGUUAUGCACUCAUUUCUUUUCUCCCCCUUGCCACCCAGAGGCUAUUUUCUUCAGACACUCCCUCAGAUUAUCUGUUCCUUCCUUGACUUUGGUGUCUUUUUCUGCAGCUAAGGUCCCAGACAAACAACAAGGAAAAGCACCAAAGGAUGCAGCCCACAAGCGGAAGACUCAGGUAGUCCGAAGUAAGUAAACAUCCCCAUGCUCUCUUGCUGGCCUUGUUUCCCAGGGAUUUGGGGACUGAAAUUGGUUUUAGACUGGAAUUCUACUCCUGGCUCUGGGGGGGGGGGGAGUGGAGUUGAGGAUUCCUGCUGCUGUGGGCUGGAGCAAGAACUCUGAUCCUCAGACUUUUUCAUUCUGUAUUACCCCAUUUCGGGCCCUGGCCCAUCUCCCCUUCCUGGACAGAGAGUGAGAACAAAUUUUUGUGCUCUUUCUCCACACAUCCUCCCCAUAUCCCGCUUCUCUGUAGCUGCAGCUGCUCCAGGCCAGACAGUCCCCGCAGUAAUUGGGAUAGCUAUUGCAGCCUUCCUCAUCGGCAUCUGCCUCACUAUUGGGCUCUGGUUCAUUUACACCUGUACAGGUGGGUAUGAGGAGGAUCCCCUCAGUGCCGUAGGUACCAUCUAUUUUAUUUGAAUGAUUGAUUUUUGGCAACGCCUGGGGGAGCACACCUUAGCAUUUCUGUAAAGGCAGACUGGGCCACAUGUCCAAGAUGGGAAAACUCCAAAUUAUAGAUCAUGACACCUUUCAUCAACCUAUUGCCUUCCAGCUGUUUUGGAUUUUAGCUCUCAGCACUAGCUAGCCAUGCUUGCUGGGCUUGGACUUUGAGUUGUUCUCUCAAGCACCUGGAGGGCACCAGGUUGGGGCUGGUUGGCUUCUGCCAACUGUCUGCCUCCAUCUCUUCCGUCAGAGACAGAAUAUGCAUUAUUCAGUCACAUGUGCACAGGUUGAGUUACAGUAGGGCAUGGAUCUUGGGGUGGAAACUGGCAGCCAAAUGAUGCCCAUUGCAGUUGGCUUCUGGGAAGGAUCAUAGAGUGGGAAACAUGACCUUUAGGCGAUCGAAGAUGCAGCAGCUGAAAUACAUAUUGGAAUCAAUGUUACAAAAAAGUCUGGAGGGGGAUUAUGUGUCUAGGAAAUUCGCAUCAUUAUUCAUAUUGGUCUGCUUUUGCACAGUUGUACUUGUCCACCCAUCCACCAUGGAAAAAAGAAAGAAAUAGAAACAGAACAAAUAGGAUGAUAAAAAGGCCAGACAGCCAAAGGAGGAAAGUAAAGGUCAGAGGGGAGGGAGAGGGAUUUAUGUGCACAUCCAUGAUAUUGAUCCCAGUCUGCUUUUUAUUUCUGGUUAUUUUUUAUUAUUAGACAGUGCACAUGCAUUUUCACACCUUUCUCUGAAAUGAGGCGGUCUGAACAAAGCUUUAAUUACUAAAUUUUAAUGCCAGCCUUGAACUCGUAGGUGAGUCGGCUUCCGGGAGGAGGAGCCAGCCUGCAGCUGAGACCGGUAAGGUGACACAUUGGCUUUUGAGAAAUCCUUCAUUUGAGCAGAGGCUUUGAUUCUGCACUCAUUUUCAUCUCUGGCUGUGAAUGGAAUCGGUGGUGCACGCUUAUAUUAAUUUUAAUUAUUUUUCAAUGUUUAGUUGUUUCAAACUGGUUCUUUAAUUGAUAAUUUCAACAUUAUAAGCACCUUAGAGGUUUGACUACAACUAAGCAGUAUACAAAAUUUGUGAAAUAAUAAUGAAUGCAUAUUGCAUGAGUGGCUGGUUCAGCAACCACAGGCACAUGGCACCUUGAGACCUUCCUGGUGCCUGCAAGUCCCCUCCCCUCUGCUGAAAUAAGGCUUCCAAAAAGUCACCUAUUGUAGCUAAUAUAAGGCAGGGAGAGUUAUCUUCCAGCUAUACCUGGAGAUGCUGGUGAACUGAACCUGGGACCUUCUGCAUACACCUGGUCUCGUUUGAAGCAUCCAUAAUGCAAAGGCAGAGCCAGGAAUUCAAGAAAGCUGUCCUUACUAAAGCAGGUUGCUGUAUUCAAGAGAGCCAGUUCAUUGCCUCCAGGAUUAGCCAGUUUUAAAUAUACCCAAGCUAGGGCAGUUUUGCUUCAUCUUAAUACUUAAAAGUGGAACAUUAUAAAUAUGCUAAGACUUGGGGAAACUAACAUAUGCAAACAGGAAGAGGGUGCAUUUGUUUACCUCUGGAAGGGGGUUAGUGUGGUGGUGAGAUGGAUGGUUGCAGUGCAUCUGGGGGCGGGUGGGGGGCACUGCUGCAUUUUCUUCCUUCCUCCUGCUAGACCCUGUAGGACCAUCUGCUCCAAAGCGUGAAGACACUUUGUCAGCUCCAGCUGCAGCUGGCCCUGCACGUCGCACGUGGUGCUCUACCCUAAGAAGCCUCUACCGAAGAAGGUAACUAGAUUUCAAAAAGUUCAUGGGAGGAAUGAAUUUGGAGAAUUGGAAGGGGAUUAUUUAUUGACUUGGAUCUUUUGUGCCCCCUGCAUUUCCAGAGUUUGCCUCUGCAAAUAUGCAGGCUUAUGCAAGUAGCGUGGUGAUGUUUUUGGGUGAUUUUUGUUGAUAAUAAUAAUUCAAUAAAUUAUUAUUUAUACCCUGCCCAUACGGCUGGGUUUCCCCAGCCACUCUGGGCUGCUUCCAUCAAAAUAUUAAAAUACAAUAGUCCUUCACAUAUUAAAAGCUUCCCUAAACAGGGCUGCCUUCAGAUGUCUCCUAAAAGUCUGGUAGUUGUUUUUUCCUUUGACAUCUGGUGGGACAGUAUUCCACAGGGUGGGAGCCAUUACUGAGAAGGCCCUUUGCCUGGUUCCCUGUAACUUUGCUUCUUGCAGUGAGGGAACCGCCAGAAGGCCCUCGGCGCUGGAGCUCAGUGUCUGGGAAGAAUGACGGGGGUGGAGACGCUCCUUCAGCUAUACUGGACCGAGGCUGUUUAGGGCUUUAAAGGUCAGCACCAACAUUUUGAAUUGUGCUCGGAAACGUACUGGGAGCCAAUGUAGGUUUUUCAAGACUAGUGGUAUGUGGUCUCGGCGGCUGCUCCCAGUCACCACUCUAGCUGCCGCAUUCUGGAUUAGUUGUAGUUUCUGGGUCACCUUCAAAGGUAGCCCCAUGUAGAGCGCAUUGCAGUAGUCCAAGCGGGAGAUAACUAGAGCAUGCACCACUCUGGUGAGACAGUCUGCAGGUAGAAAGGGUCUCAGCCUGCAUACCAGAUGGAGCUGGUAAACAGCUACCCUGGACACAGAAUUGACCUGUGCCUCCAUGGACAGCUGUGAGUCCAAAAUGACUCCCAGGCUGCACACCUGGUCCUUCAGGGGCACAGUUACCCCAUUCAGGACCAGGGAGUCCUCCAUACCUGCCCGCCCCCUGUCCCCCCAAAACAGUACUUCUGUCUUGUCAGGAUUCAACCCCAAUCUGUUAGCUGUCAUCCAAUCUCCAACCGCCUCCAGACACACUCACAGGACCUUCACUGGUUCCGAUUUGAAAGAGAGAUAGAGCUUUCAGCACAUUUGUUUAACUUUUAAUGGAUUUUUGUUGCAUAUUGUACUUUGUCUGUUGUCUCUGCAACUCACUUUGGGACUUGAAGCAAUACACCAGUUGAAUAGAUGGAAUUGUUCAUGGGAUGCCUUCCAUGUCUGUAACUGAGAUAUGGAAGUCAAAACUAGUAGGGAUCUUGUAUUUGAAAAUGGUCCUUUUCUGUUGUUCGUCUCAUAUUAGCAUUCACAAAUGAGAUACUCCAGCCCGAAUGGAAGGAAUUUUUUUAGGGUCAGUUAUAAAACCAUUCCUCUACAGCUUGAAACACUGCAACUGUUAGCUGAUGAGUGGUAGCACAAUGACGAAUAUGUAAAAUGUUUGCAGGACGAGAGAGGAAUGGGGAGCCUGGGUCUGCAGUAGGUUGGCAAGAGAGGCAGGCAAAGCAGGGCCAGUGGGGAAGUCUAGCCUGUCAUCCGCACUGAUUUAUCUAUCUUGUAGGUUCUAGGAUGUUUUUCCUGUGACCAAGCACCUGUUUCGGUGAAUCCGCUUGCAUUCCCCUGUACCAGCAACUCUUUCAGGCCACAACAUCUUUAUGGCUUCAGUCCAGCAGCACAACCGAUUCUGAAUCAAUACCUUUCGACACUGGAAAACCUCAGACUUUAAGCUUUAGCUUAAAUAAGCAAUUGUGUUUUCUGGGAGUUGUAUGGGAUUUUCAUUGCUUUGGGUAGCUGCCUGGAGAGAGCUGUGCUGCUUCUUCAUUGAGUUUUGCUCUUCGUUUCUGCACUGCUGAGUGUGGACUAAAAGGCAAACUCAGGCUCAAAUCUUCGCAGAAUGUUUGCACUACUGCCUAUCAGGUCUACAGUUCCCCUCACCUUUGGGGAAGCUGUUAGCUACCAUUGUGGCCUUGCAAUUGCUCUUAGGCCUGCUUCAGCACUUUGGGAGAAGAAAACCAUCGUUGCAUUUGGCUGACAUUGCCAUUGGGGAUUUGGUUGUUGCUUCCUAUCUGACUAUAGUAAUACAUUGUACUCUCUUUGUAGGAAUGUUAUGUUGGGAUAUAAAUGCUAGUUUUCAUGCCAUUGCCCAGCUUCACAAGGAAAAAAGCUGAUUGCUCCACAAAAAGAUUCAAAUUCUGAAACCUUUUGGGUCUUUUUUUUAGUUAACCACCUUGCAAAUGAUAGUUUCUCCAGUUUUAUUAAACAGAUGUGCAAUAGAGUUGCUGAGGCUCUUUCAAUAGGCAGUCAAGUGCCCCCAUUGCCUUUAAACACCACUUGCUCCCUGCUUUGUCUACAGAAGCCUGAUUCAACAGGAUAGACAACUGGAAAGUAUGUACUUGAGAAUUUGGCUGGAGACAGAGUAAACAGCCUCUAAAUCUUACGUGUGAUCGUAAGUGUGGAGAGAAAAGGUGAAUGUUGCUUUUGGUAUAUUUUCUUCAGCAAAUACAGAAAUAGCAUGCAAUCAAUUCCACCCAUAAACUGUGCUAUUGUGGGGAAGGAAAUGCUGUAUUUUGGGCAGGGAUGGUGAACAUGUGAUCCUGCUGGACUCCAACUCCCAUCUCCCCCAGCACCGGUUAUACGCACUGGGGUUGGUGGGAAUUGGAGUCCAACCUCCCUGAUGUUGCCAGAUAUUUCGCAUGAGGCUUGGGAGUCUUGUGUUCCUUCAGGAAAGAGCCAUUGCUUGUGUUGCAGAGCUUUCAGCCUGAUAUGCUGUCGUGUUUGUGAGCUCUGUGAAUUAGAUGGAUACCAUGAUCUAGGCCUCCACGCAGCAAAUGUAACCCAGAACUCCCACGUGGGCAGGUAGUACAAGUCUUUUGUAGAGGAAACUAUGCGCUGGGCACCCACCCAAUGCACGCAGGUGUGGUUUUCUCAGUGACUAACACCCACCAUCACCACUGAAGCCGGAGACAGAAUUAUUAAGACAGUGUAAAUAGUUUAUUUCGUCGGUUUUUUUGAAAGUACAGAUAUUAUUUUGUACAGCAGUAUUUGUUUUAAAAUGGGUGUGGGCUGAAAAGAAUGGCAGUUUAUAUUCUGAAGAGCAGAGAAGGGACACUGGUACAUAGUUACACUAAACGCAUGACUUGAGGAACAGUUUGGGGACUAUGAGGAGAGAAAGAUUCCUUCCAACCUGGAAAGCCCGAACACUGCAAUGUGCACAUUCCCUUUGGAUAGAUGCAGCUGUGGGCUAGUACUGGAGCCGUGCAGAAUACAGGGGCUUUCAACCACAUAGUCAUUUCAUACUGUUCCACAGAAUGGUAUAAAAUUGGAGCUGGAUUUUUAGCUAAAGGUGUGGCAAAUGUGUACCACUACCUCCAAUGCUGCUUUAUAUCAGCUGGGCAACUGCUCUCACUGGAUUGGAGCAAUCCUGGAUUUUAAGGUGAACUUCAGAAACUACCACACAAACAGCAACAAUAUUUUACAUUUUUUUUACGCACCCAGAAGAAGUCUUUCUUUGAAACAGUGACGACGUAGGGGUAGAAGGAGCAUCAGACUCACUACAGAAAACCCUAAAAUAGUAACCAACCUUUAACACGGUGGUGUUUGUGUAAUUAUGACGUCUGCUAAUACUUUUCAAUGCUGAAAAAGAGUGCAGUGCUCAAAUAAAACUCCUCAGCUGUGCUACCUUCUUAGUUCACUGUUCCUUUCUUUUAAGGACUACUAACCCGUCUGGAUGCACUGCUCCUCCUCAUAGCAAUGUCUGAUGCAAAGUCACUCAGGUCAAGCUUAAUUCUGGUACCAUUAAAAGCACCCUUCCAUCAUAACAACAUCACCAUGGUUUGUGUGUGGGCAUGUGUGUCGAGUCAGUGCAACAGGCCAGGUCCUAAGUGAGGUUGUAUUACCAGCUCCCACAGAGAUCGUGAAUGUGUGUGGGUUAAAUAGUUGUUGCAGGUUGAUGUAACAUUCAUUCUAAGGCAGACAUGGCCAAACUUAGCCCUCCAGCUGUUUUUAGACUACAACUCCCAUCAUCCCUAGCGAACAGGACCAGUGGUCAGGGAUGAUGGGAACUGUAGUCCCCAAACAGCUGGAGGGCCAAGUUCGGCCAUGCCUGUUCUAAGGGCACUGGCAAUGGAUCUGUGGACUCCAGCUCUGCAGCUUGCAUUACACAUACAUAGCAGCAGCCUUAAUGUUGCAGCAGAAAAAUGUGUCUUACUCUCACUCUUGCCCUAGGGCCAGGCUCUCUUAUUACUUUUUUAAAAAUGGCACAUGUGUGUUUUAUGCAUACAAUUUUUCCACCAUGUGGAAAAAAAAUAUCAAACAUUAAAAAGCAACACAGCAAACCAUUUCAGGGGACAAUGUGUGUUGGCAAUUUCACAGGUGGGACCCACAAGCACUAACUUGAUCCAUCCAUGUUCCAAACAUAACCAGGCAGAGCCAGUUGCCACUUUCUCUAGGACAGAAAAUGUACAAUUAGGUGGAUGGCAGUGCUGAAACUCUUAAUUUAGCUCUGCUCCUCGCAGUUAUUCUUUCUAGGAUAACAAACUAGAAUCUGGGGAGCACACAAUCAUACCUUCAAUCCUCUAGCUCUGCUUUGUCUCCAGCAGGAUACUGCCUUUGCAGCUUGUACACUGGGACCUAGUCUGGGAAGCCAAGUUCUGUUUAGUAUAAUUAACAAAGGGCCACAUGAUUUAUUCACAAGAGUACACUCGGCCUCUCCCGCUUCUGUAGAAGGGGAUGCUGUGGUGCACAAGAAGGGGAUGGAUGCAUUCAAGGUAGAGAAUAACUAGAAGUCAAGUGUCAGAGGUGGGAGAACAGAAGCAGCACUCCCAACCCCAGUCUAAACACAGCACCACAUUGUUUUCCCUCGAUGAUGAAGGGAAAGAGCUACUAUUAAAGUGCAAAUUGAACCUUGUCAAUAGCUAGUAAAGAUCACACACAGGCACCAUCCCCAGCCUAUUCGUCCCAGGAGAACAGACUGGAGCAAGACAUAACCACCUGCUCUAGGAUAUUGGUUUUUCCGCAAUGGUGGCACCACCGUUUGCUGGUACGUAGUAUAGGAAUCUGUAGGCGAUCGAACACAGAAGGCCAGAUUCCUGAUAACCUGCUGCCGUUAGAGAUACAGGAGGGUCACAGGUGUAGCUCAAGAGAAGAGAAAAGGUCUGUGCAAACUUAUUUUAGGGUAGAAAUUGGUAUGCAGAUGUACACCCCCCUAUCAUCAUUUAAAAUCCAUUCACAAUAUUUAGUGUUAUAAAAAUGUAAUACAAAAGUCAAAGCAAGAUUGUGAGGGUGGCAAAGGGGGGGGGGGCAGGUGGCUCAGCAUGGCCUUUCUAUGCCUCUUGGAGCAGAAAACCCUUGCUCCAAGACACAAACACAACGCUGCCUGAGAGGGUUUUGGGGCAGCCAGACUGGGGGGCUUCAAGUCUUCUCCUAUCCUCUAUGCCAAGGCAGAAGCUUGCUUUGUAGUCUGUGUGUGGAUAGUAUGCAGAAGACCAGCACUUCCCAUAUGCAAGUAUCCAUCACAUGAGCCCCCAAAACACACCAUUACCUUUUAAGCCAACGAUUACCACAAGAAAUAGGAAAAUCCCUUUGAGAUCAAUACAGUACUUUUUUUUUGUUACCUUGAUUUAAAGGGAUUGUUUUUAAUGACCUUAAAUAGAUGUGCAUGAGAAGUAAAUCACUUCAAUAUAAGCAACAAGGUUAGGGGUUGUUUUUUUAAAAAAAAUCAGCUACAUGACCUAAUGUUAUUUAGCUCACUGGGGAUUAUCCUCACCUAGCAAUUAGCCAAACCCAGUGGGGAGAAACAGGCUGAAUCAGCUUGAAGCAGUAGAUCGAGUCCCUUGUGCUGUCACAAAUCAUAGCAAAGUUAGAAUUGCCCUUGCCCUUAAUGCUUGUCAUUCUUCCAUGGUACCAAGGAGUCAAAUUAGGCUUUCAUUAGGAAUAAACUACUGUUUUUAGAGCUUUACUGCAUGUUAUUUUAAAUAAUUGUUUCAUCAUAUGGUUGUAUGUUGCUCACUCUGAGCACCAAAAGGAUAUAAAUAAAUAUUCCUUGCCGGAGUGCUCGUCCCUUACUCUCCUGUUGUUGCAUGGAUCUAGUCUGAGAGAUCAGACAACUCUGGGAGAAACCACUUAUUUUGAGCACACUGUGAUUUCUUUUACAAUAUGGAAGGGAAAACACAAAUUUGCUCUUAGUGUGUUUUGCAGGUAAAGCAGCAGUCGGAGUAAUCAACUACGUAGCAACUUUUGGUAAAACAUAUUGCCCUGUUCUACAACCAUAGUCUUGAAACCACUGCAACAGGGGUUACAGAAAGGUGAAUAAUUAAUGUAGUAUUACCAAUGUCACUUCAGGGACAGUCAUGCUAGAACAAACUUAAAAGUAAGGCCUGCACAUCCAAGUGAAUUUCAUAUGCAAAACAAAUCCCAAACCCUGACAAAAACAGGCCAAAGAAGCCGCUUGGAUUCGAUUCUAACAAAAAUAUUCUCCCAUUUACUCCAAUGUAAAUCUGAAACACUGAAGUCAGCGGGGUUUUACUCCAGAUUUAGAAACAGCAGCGAUUAAUGAUCUUCCUAACACGUAGCCUUGGAGGCAAGCGAGCAUUCGGGUAGCACUACACAAACAAGUAUCAACAACAAUUGCUAGGAAUUAUGAUGCACAAACCGGCAAACAGUUUCACAAGCCAUCCAAAACUGCAAACAUGUGCCCACUGCUAGCAAAGAAAUGAAAUCAGACUGACACAAGGAGAUCAAAGCAACAGUUUGGGCUGAACUCUUGUUUGGACCACAUACUAUGCUGCUGGGUUGAGGGGGGAGGGGAGACUGAAAAAUGGUACAGAAAAUCACAGAGAUUUGGCAAUACGGUGCAGCAUGUAUAUAUAGAAUACAUCUAUUAAAAUAUGCAAGGUUAUACCAAACUGGAGCCUUUCCCCCAGGCAUAUUCAUAUAAGUACAUACAUAAUACUUCAGGGCCACCCAUGUGACAGGCUGGGCCAAGUGGGUGCAGGUUUGUCCUCCUGCUUCUGCAGUGUAAAUGCUGGGUUAACCUCACUAGAGGAAUCCAGAGUUGGGGAGGUAAAAUGACCAACAAGGCUUGCCUGUAGCUAAGAGGCAUGCAGCAUAAAAUUUGGGGAGAAAACCAAAGGAACUCCUCCUUCAACUAUGGACCAAAUAUACUGCAAAUCCAUGCCAAGUGAAAAAUCAUGGAGACCUUUCAGAAAGAGAGGUCCAUGCAUCUCAUACAGAACCUUCAUUAGGUUUAUUGUUGCAGGUUUUAGAAAUUAGGCAAAAUCAAAUGGAGCAUAAAUUUGUACAAGCUUGGUAUAAGGAAACAGAUGAAAAGUAUGCCCAUGACAACAAAUGCUUCUCCUUCCCUAAAAGCAGAAGCAUCCCACAGUUUAGGAACUAUCUGGUACUGUCCAGGGAACAUUCUCUAUAACCAGGGAUGUUGCCUGAUGAAGCUGCCUACCUCCUCAGCAGGGUGGAAAUCCUACAUCUUCAGAAUUCAGCAUACUUCACCGCCUCCUUCACAGACCUUCUGUGGAAUCCCUCCUAACACCAGCUGGUCUCCACCUUCAUUUGCAACAAUGCCUUUAUUCAGACACCUUGCAAGACAAAAUACAUUUCGCACACCAGCACGUCCUUGAGAUCUCUCCGUCACCAGUGGAAAGAAAGUGUGACACGAGAGAGGCCUUGCUGAUUUUAAUCUUGGACUCUAUUGUUAAGAGGGGAAGGAUCCAAUUAUCAGGCUUCCUCCCCGUGUUGAAAACAAAGAGAAGGACCAUGAAUUGCAAAUACAGAGUGAUUUUUGGCUGGACCAAAUCAGCACCAUGCCGCUUCCCAAAGCAUUGCUCCACGGGUUACCUCUAGCUGGUGUGGCUAUGUCAGCACUGGCCAUGGUAAGCGUUCUUGUUGAGAAAUCAAUGUUUCUACCUCCACUACCCCAAACAGAGGUCUGCUUCUGUGGAGCAGAGCUACACAUUAUACAAGCAUGUCUGAAGGUUCACGUACGUGCAGAGGCAAGAGUGGAAGGGGCACCUAGGGUUAAGCACACACCUCCCACUUGAUCUCCCCUGCAACCCUCCCAUCCCCGACCCAAUAGUGUUAGGAGGCAAACAGUGAGCUUGGAGCCUCAUGUUUGCUUCAUAUGUAGUUCCACUACAAGAGUCUGUGCAUUUUCACUAAAAUAAAAAAAGAAUUUUUUAAAAAAGGGCAGAACCUGAUGUCCAAGCAGCCCAUGUUUCUCAUCACUUUGUUUGCCAAGAAGAAAAUACUCUUUAGGCAAUUCGCUCAGGUGCCAAAAAAUUCAGCCACUUGCACUGGCCUUGUAAAUCAUGAACAGACUAAAAGUCCAAUAAUGGACCCUUCUUUCCUUAAAAAAACCCCUAGGGUUUGGGUGCUUUGAUGGACUGCCACCCCCCCCCCCCGAAGUAAGCCAGGCAUUGGUAGGAACUUUGCAAGAACCAAUGUUUGAAAAGAUAGCCAUAAAGGUGGAAUUGAGAAAGAAUACUGCAUCAGCUCACACAAUUCCAGGCAGGGAAUUCUGGAGGAACUGUCACUGACCAUAUGGAUUAAGGCAGCGCCUAAACUCCUGUAAUGGUUGCAGCAGAACAGAACUUCAGGCAAAGUGAGACACAGAAGUUACCAAGGGGAACCCUUCCCUUACCACAAUUAAAUAGAAAAGAUGUCAUACCUUUAGCUACAAAAGCAGUUCUGGCUGCUCCUUAAAAGCCCUCAAGAUAAUUGAACUUAAAGCUUUAUGCCAAGCCUCCUCUAAGGGAGACGGAUUGGCAUUGCACAGUAUAAAUAAAUAAUAUACACAGAAACAAAAAUAAAAGCUCUCUCUCUCGAUCCAAGCCACCUCUUCAGAAGCGCACUCUCUAUCCAUCCUUUCCUGGGCUGAAAACCACAAACUAGUGUGGAGGCAUCCAAUCUUCUUACCUCUCUGCAGAACAGCAGGGUAGGGGAUCGCAUAUAAAUAAAAGGAAGACAGACCCCUCUCAUCUCUCCAAGCACAGCAAGGAGACAGAGGUUAAUUACUACUGGACUGCAUUUUAUAGAACCAGCGGCCUGGUUGCUUCUGCUGUCCCUUCAAAGUUCUCAAGUGUGCAAACCUUUGUGUGUAAGGAGGAAGUUUUUAAAAAAAAAGAAAAAAAAAGGUGUGGAAACGGUGGGUGGGAGGGUGGGAGAUGUGAAUGAGGUCAAUACAUGGAUUUGAACUACCAGUGACAACAGAGCUGGAAAAAAAGGCAGUGCAGACAAUGAUCAACGGAGGUGGCCCAUGUAAUGCAGGCCAGCUGUAGGACUGUCCGUCCCCCAUGCCAUCUCGGGGGCACGGUAUUUGCUGGGUAAGGGGGCCCUCCGCUCCAUCUUGCGUGAUCUGUCUAUGGCCUCCACACCCUCAGUACAGCGUGGCCAGAGGGACCUGGUGCCUUCCAGACAGACUUGGGACGGCAGCACCACUUCCUCAUUUGCUCAGGGCUUCUUCGAAGAUGAUCUCGCCAUUGGGCUCGGUGGCAGAGGCAGGGUCGUCCGCAUCGCUAUCCGUGGUGCCGUCGCUCUCCUUGCCGGAGCUCUCGGCCCCCCGUAGAAAGUGCGUGUUGUGGGGCGACAGCGGAUACAAGACAUCCUGCAGGGCACCUACCACCAUGGGGCUGGUCAGCAGCUCCUCGUCGGAAGAGUGCAGCGAGUCGUCAUCCACCGCCAGGUGACUCACAAUGUGGAUGCCGUCAAAGCCCAUGGAGUCCUCAAAAGGCUUCUGUCCCUUCAUCAGCCGAAUCUGCAGGGAGAAGGCGUUAGGGCAAAGAUAGGAAGGGGGGGUCCUGCGAACCCUCAGAGUACAACUCCCACUGUCUCUGACCCUUUGGCCAUGAUGGUUGGGGCUGACAAGAGUGGGGAGCCCCAAUGUAUCCAGAGGGACGCAGGCUCCCCACGACUGCACUGGGACAGCCAUGAUGGACUUGGCACUCUGCCUAAUGGGACCGUUAGAUGACAUUAACUCUGAUGCAGAGAAAGAACCCACGGUGGAGAGGACGCCUCACGCAGAACAUGCACAAAAAACUCCUGAAAACAGUGGCGAUCCUGUGCUCAGGGAAUAAGUUGAAAUGGAAGCCGCGCCCCAGAUCAGAGGGUUAUCAAACAACAUAUACAGUCUCCAC